CUCAGACAACACGCACGUCCACACCGUUUAUAUAUAUACCACAUUGAAUUCGGUCUCUUUGCUUCAAAUCGUAGUCUCAGAAAGAAAAACAAAACAAACUUAUAAAUCUCCCAAACCUUCAAAUUCUGCUCUUUCAGACCUUAUCCAGUAUCCAAGCAGACCAAUAUACAGAAGCAACAAACCAUGAGGAUCACCAAAACCAUCAUGCAGAGGAAGUUUAUCCGCUCUAUUCUUAUACCCAUUAGGGUUCUAAACAAGGCCAAGAACUUCUACAUGAAGAACAUUGAGAGUUGUGCGGGUAGGCUUGGUGAUGGUAGCGGGUUUGUGGGUGGCCCUUCUGCUCCAGUUUGCUUGUCUAAGAGCUUCAGUACUGCAAAUUCAUCGAUGGCUUCCGACGAUGAGGAACUGAGGCGGCUUCUGAGAACAGUGACAUCGAACAAUGGAUGUUCGGAUCAAAUACAAAGGAAACCGGUAGCAAGGCAAUAUUCUAGCAUGGGUUAUGGUGGUGGAAUGGGGAUGAGAAGUUACAGUGUUGGGUUGGGAAAGAUUGGAAGGAUUGAUGAAGACAAGCCUUGUGAUUUUGAGGAGGAUGAGGUUAGUUUGCCUCUUUAUUCUAGAAGCAGAACUUAUGCUGUUAACAGGACUAGUUUGCAUAGAUAGAAAAGGAGGAUAAAUUUUGAUAGAUGCUAGCCCUUGAAUUUAUGCAUACAAAAAGUAUGCUGUGCGAUCGAGUCCAAUUCUCUGUAAUGAUAUAUAUGGUGAUUUAUUUGUUUAAUUCUUUACGCCCAAUGGGUAUUUGAAAAUUCUGUAAUCAAUUCCAUGAGAGUUCAUUAUUCUUGCUUUAUUUAUUUAUUA